UAUAUUUUUAAAUAAAAAAAUAAGAAUAGAAAUGUCGAAGAUUUUAAAAGCACUUAUAAAUGCGUCGGAGAGAGCUGCUUGCAUUGCCCGAUCCUGUACUGAAUCCUCUGGGGAUACAUUGCUGGUUGCUGAAAAAUGCGAAACCGAUGCAAACAUUCGAUUCGAACGAGAUUUUAAAACAAUUGCCGACGUUUUAGCUCAGGAAUGUGCUAAAGUGGAAAUCGCCUCAUAUUUACCUGAACUUGCAGAAUAUGUAAGAGGUGAAGAAUGUAAUGAGAUUAAUGGAGUGACCAUUGCUAUUCAGAAAUCCCAAGAAGAGACGGCUAAGUUACUCAGUUCCUUAAUACCAAUGUCUACGGCAAACCGGAUGGCUAAAUCUGUUCAUGGUGAAAUAAACACUAUAUGCCUUGAUUUACCUGAAAUGCUUACAUUGGAUACAGACAAUUUAGGAGUAUGGAUUGACCCAAUAGAUGCUACAGCUGAGUUCAUAGCUGGUGUGCGAGGAGAGGCAAAUGCUAGCCAUGGUCUUCCUUGUGUCACAGUUUUAAUCGGAGCUUAUUUAAGAUCAUCAGGUGAACCAGUAGUUGGUGUUAUCAAUCAGCCAUUUUAUAAUGGUGGAAAAGGUAGAAUAAUAUGGGGAGUUAACUAUGAAGGUGUCAAGAAAUGUUAUGUUGGUGACAGAGAAGUUGACUUUGGACAUAACACAAUACUUAUAAGUGGAGCUGAGAAGCCAGAUAUUGUGGAAAAAAUUAAAAAUUCUGGGUUUGAAGUGAUUUCAGUUCCAGGUGCAGGUCACAAACUACUAAAGGUAGCAUUAGGUGAAGCAGCAGGUUAUAUAGUUUCAAAAGGGACAACUUUCCGCUGGGACACAUGCGGACCACAUGCAAUAUUAAAUGCAAGAGGUGGAGGACUAAUAAGUUAUACCACCCAUAAACCAAUAAUAUACAAUGAUGGUAGUGGUCUUGAGCCAAAAGAAUAUUGCAACUCCGAAGGCAUUAUUGCUUAUGCUGAUAAUGAUACUCUUCAAAAGAUACUAAAUACUCUAAGUUAAAAAAAGUUAUUAAAGUAAAUGUUUAAUUUAAACAAUGGGAAAUGCACUAAAUAUUACUUUUUUGCACACAAAAUAUCCUUAUUUAUUACCAUGAUUACCAUAAAAACCCAUAA